ACGGGGGCUGCGGUGAUGCGGACGCGGAGCUCCAUGGCUUGGGCCUGGGUUAGGACCUGGGCCCGGGCGGCGCGGAGCUGCCUCUGCCUCCUGCUGCUGGUCGCGCCCGGGCAGCCGGCCCGUGAGGGUUUCCAGCAGGUUUCUCUGUUGUCUUCCUAUGAAGUUGUAAUCCCACAGAGGUUAGGAAGAGAACGGCGAGAGGCUUUCAACGUCUCCUCUGUACAGGACAAGGUGUCCUAUGCUGUUGAGAUAGAGGGCAAAGAAUACACGCUUCAUCUAGAAAAGAACAAAGAACUGCUGCCCAAAGAUUUCACCGUUUAUACCUAUAACAAGGAGGGAAAGUUGCAAUCUGAGCAUCCAGAUGUCCAGGAUCACUGCCAUUAUCAGGGAUACGUGGAGGGGAGCCUGGAUUCUAUGGUCGCUCUCAGCACUUGCUCGGGGCUCAGGGGCAUGGUGAUGAUGGGGAACAUCACCUAUGGGAUUGAGCCCAUGGAUUCCUCUUCUGGCUCUGAGCAUAUUUUAUAUCGAUUGGAUAACGUGAAGAAAGAGCCCACAAUGUGUGGAGUAACUGCUGAAGACCACGACAGUGAGCACAGGGAGGAAGAUCACCAUCCCAGCAUGACUCAGCUGCUGCGAACAAAGAGAGCAGUCCUACAUCAAACCAGAUACGUGGAGCUCUUCAUAGUUGUGGAUAAAGAAAAGUUUGAAGACUUUGGGAAGAGUGAAACAGAAGUAAGAGAACACAUGGUGCAACUGGCAAACUUCCUUGACAGUAUGUACAUCAUGCUGAACAUCCGUGUUGUACUGGUGGGUUUAGAGAUCUGGAAGUAUGAAAACAUCAUCAGCACGGAUGGAGGAGCUGGUGAUGUGCUGGCAAACUUUGUGCAGUGGCGAGAGAAGAACCUUGUUUUGCGCCGGAGACAUGACAGUGCCCAGUUUGUCCUGAAGAAGGGGUUCGGUGGCACAGCUGGAAUGGCCUACGUGGGAACAGUGUGCUCCAAGAGCCACGCAGGAGGCAUUAACGUGUUUGGAAGGAUCAGUAUACAGAUGUUUGCAUCAAUUAUGGCUCAUGAGCUGGGACAUAACCUGGGGAUGAACCACGAUGAUGAACGCGUCUGUCACUGUGGAGCAAGCAGUUGCAUCAUGAACUCUGGAGCAUCGGGAUCGAGGAACUUCAGCAGCUGCAGUGCAGAAGACUUUGAGAAGCUGACUCUCAACAAAGGGGGAAGCUGCCUGCUCAACGUUCCCAAGCCUGAUGAAACCUACAGUGUCCCGUACUGUGGGAACAAGCUGGUGGAUGCUGGGGAGGAGUGUGAUUGUGGCUCACCAAAGGAAUGUGAAAGUGAUCCUUGCUGUGAGCCGGGCACUUGCAGGCUCCGAUCCGGUGCCGUGUGUGCUUAUGGUGACUGCUGUAAGAACUGCCAGCUCCUUCCUGGAGGAACCGAGUGUCGGGCGAGUAGCAACGAGUGUGACCUCCCAGAGUACUGCAAUGGCACGUCCCAGUUCUGCCAGCCAGACUUCACUGUGCAGAACGGGCACCCCUGCCACAAUGAGGAAGCUUAUUGCUACAACGGGGUCUGCCAGUACUAUGAUGCACAGUGCCAGGAUAUCUUUGGCUCCAAAGCCAAAGCAGCCCCCAACAUCUGUUUUGCUGAAGUGAACUCCAAGGGUGACAGAUUUGGCAACUGUGGUUUCCAUGGUCAUGACUACAAGAAAUGUUCCAGCUGGAAUGCCAUGUGUGGGAAGCUGCAAUGUGAAAACGUGAAAACCAUGCCUGUGUUUGGAAUCAAGCCUGCCAUUAUCCAGACUCCCAUUCGAGACACCACGUGCUGGGGUGUGGAUUUCCAGCUAGGCUCCGACGUCCCGGACCCAGGAAUGGUGAAUGAAGGCACCAAAUGUGGUAAUGGGAAGAUCUGCAGACACUUCCAGUGUGUGAGUGCCUCUGUUCUCAACUACGACUGUGACGUGGAGAAGCAGUGCCAUGGACAUGGGGUGUGCAAUAACAACAGGAACUGUCACUGUGAACCAGGCUGGGCCCCUCCUUACUGCGACGUGAAAGGCUACGGUGGGAGCGUGGACAGUGGGCCGCCCUACAGUGACUCCUCGCUGAGGAAUGGGCUCCUGGUGUUUUUCUUCCUGGUCCUCCCACUCCUUGUGGCUGCUGCUCUGGCGUUUGUGAAGCGAGACAGGCUGAAGCGGUGGUGUCGAGGAGCGAUGUCGCGCUGCCACGUGUCACGUCCAUCACCACCUCCUAGGACAGAAGCUGAGCCAAGAGGGCACCAGCACCACCAAGGCUUCUCGCAUGGCAUGCCCUAUGCACCGAGGGGUGCCCCUAUGGCUAUGGAGCCAAACACCUUUCCUGUCCCAUCUUACCCAGUUAACCAGCACCCUCAACAGGCUUACCACCAGUCUUACUACCCACCUCUGCAGUACCAGGCCCCACAGGCACAGAAGCUGCCGACAAGGCCCCCACCUCCGCAGCAGCAGUGUGCACCUCAGGGACCGCCUCCAUCACAGCACCGGUGCUUACCUCAGGGACAGUACUUCCCUUCUCGACCUGCACCUUUGCCUCCCAAAUAGCUUUUGGCUUCUGUGGGGCCUUGACAAGAGCUGACCUGGUCACUGAGAGCUCAGAUUGCAGUUAACCCUUCGGGCAUGGAAGUGGCCCUCGAGCCUCCCCGCUGCGGCCUGGGAUGAGGCGGAUGAGAUACAGCACCGAGGAAUGUAACACUUUAAAUACCUCUACCAAAGCUCCAGGGACUGACAACACCGAGCCCCCAUUCCCAGCUUUGGGAAUGGUGUUGGGCUGGAAGCUCGGGCACUGCUGGAGCUCAGCACUUGGGAGCUGCUUUGGGAUCCCCAGGAUGCGCCCGGAUGCGGGAGUGGUGUGGGAUGUGCAGUGAGGAGCUGAAGUGACCCCGUUACCCUGCUCAAAGCAAGGAGGAUCAGGCCAGUUAACUGCAAAUCACUUUGCAAGGACUGGAAGGCAUUGUCCACUCACACAACGACGGCACAGGGGGUAAUAAGGUGUCAGUGUACUCUUUCAGAGGAAGAUAAAUGUAUUGUGCACAUGUUUAUGCAUGUAUAUAUGUGUAUUGAUGUGUAAUAAUGCACUUAAAUCCUUUCAUGCUGACUGACACUAAGCUGUGCUGUAGGAGCACUAAAUUUAACGGUUUAAAAUGAGGAAUGAUGAGUUGCUAAAUGAGAAUCCUGUACUAACGUCCACUAACACCCCCCUAUUGGGGUAGUGAAAAUCAAGGUACGAAAAG